AUGAACAUUCUCCCUUUGAUAGUUUUUCUAUUUUUCAACUAUAUCUCUUGUGAUAACUGUACAGAUUGUUUGGCUAAAAAUGAAGUGUUAGUUCGCUGUCACUUUCAGAACACCCCAAUUCUAUUGUUUUCAGAUUUUGUUUUUCUCAAGCAAAAUGUGGUUGGUUAUUUUGUCAAGCAUGGACUGAUGUAAUUUUUUUGAAAUUAUUUUUGUUUGUAUCAAAUGUUUUCAGAAAUCAUUAAACUGCCCAGAUGUUCGUGAAAACAUUGCUGAAUACAAUGAGACAUUUGUGAAAGAUAUUAUGCUGGUAACAUCAACAGCAGCUGCGGCUGAAGAUCCUCAAAAAUGUUUUGAGUUAGAAAAAUUUGACAAGGGUAAAAAUAAAAUGAAAAUAUAAUUUUUAGCAAUGCACUUCCAUCGAUGAAAUUGAUCAACAAAUAUGAAGUUCAGUGCUCCGAUUGUGAGGUUUUGGAAAAUUUUUUAACAAGUUUUAAGUUCUGAGGAUUGAAGUUUUGGAAAAAAUUUGGACCGGAGCCAUCAGCGGAUUUGAUUUGAGACCCAAAAACUGUCUAUUGUCAGUCCAAAGUUUCUGACCCUUGGAAGAAAACCGAUAUGGCCAAAUAUGCACUUUUUAAAUGCAAAAUAUCAGUGGUGCUGCAAAGCCUACUGAAGUUUGGUUUUCUCUUCCACGGCCUAGUUUUUUUACGGAUUGCCAAUAGUUCAGAAUAGUGAACAAGUCUAGGAUUGCUGUAUCUCAAAUUGGGUUACUGUAGCUCAAAUUGGAGUAUUGUAGCUCAAAUUGGAUUACUGUAGCUCAAAUUGGAUUACUGUAGCUCAAAUUGGAUUACUGUAGCUCAAAAUAAGUGAAAAUUUCCGAAUGGCCAUUUUUUGAAAUUUAAUAAAGCCAAUAUUUGGCAUUAAAAAAAUCCACGUGGCAAAAUAUUUCCAAUUUUCAGUAGCCAAAUGUGUUGCAUAUUUAUCAAUCGAUCAUUCAUAUUCUGCAAUCAAUUUAGCAUUUCGUGGAACUCAAGGAGAUGUUCAAUUAAUUGAACAAGCUCUAAAUUAUGUCAAGUUAGUUUUUCCCUCUUUUCUAUUUUCAAAAUCUCUAUCGAAUUCCAGAGGAAAUCGUGAAUUCUUCAAAAACGGAAAAGUUUUCAAUUAUUUUUUGGAAGCUUUUAUUUAUUUAUGGGUUGGUGGAUUGGAAGAAGAUUUGAUUCCAACUUUGAGAAAGUAUCCAGAUUAUCAAGUAUGGGUGAGUUAGCUUAACUUAUUUUUGAAAACAUUUCAAUUUUGUCAGAUAAAUGGAUAUUCAUUGGGCGGUGCAAUUGCUAGUGUAUCAGCUGCAUAUUUGGUGAAAAUAGGUUUAAUCAAUCCACAAAAUGUUCGACUUGUUACAUUUGGUCAACCUCGAACUGGCGAUUAUGAAUUUGUCACGUGGAUUGAUACUCAUCUACCGUACACUUUUCGAAUUGUUAAUCAACGAGAUCCAGUUCCACAAUUACCACCGAAAAUUGGAUUGGUUCAAUUAUUCCAUUUUCGCACUGAAAUUUGGUAUUGAAAUAGGUUUUCUAGAAAUCUUCUAAAAUUAAUUUUUAGGUACACUUCGGCUACAAAAUAUGAAACUUGUCAGCAAGCUGAUGGACCAUUUUGCUCGGCUUCUCAAUUAUUUUUGAAUUGGUCUGAUCAUUUGGUAUAUUUUUCAAGGAAUAUUGGAAAAUGGGCUAAAUCUAAUUGCACACUUUGA